UGUUCACUUGCCAAAGUAAAACACCCCCUCCCGCGUUGACGACUCACACGUGAAAAGCCGCCGCCGUCCGCGCGAAACUUCUGCAACACACGGUCAAAGCCAAGCCACGCACGCCCAAUAGUCUCUCUCCCUCCCUCCAAGUUCCCAAAGAAAAACAAAAAACCAACGCCGAUAAUGUCAACCCAUGACUCCGGCAUCCCCUUGACCCAUGUCCCGGACUCUCGUGGCUACAAGCUCAUGGAGCUGCCUCCGGAGCUGGAAGCCCUGCUGACUGCCGAAGAUGUCCCGGUCGUCACACUCACCUCCACCCCUGCAACGGCUCUCCUUAAGGCCCAGGACAAGACUUACAAGCUGCUCCAGAAGAACACCUCCAACUCCCUAAUCCUCCUCGCCCCCCACACCUCGGAUGUCCCCGCCGUCGGUCUCGCCGCCAUCGCCACAGUUCACGAGACCAUUGAGCUCAUCGCCCAGGCGGAGCCGCAGACGAUAUCGAACCUCAAGAACACAGGCAGCAAGGGCAAGUGGCACGAGAAGUUCGGCCGCGGACGGUAGACUCGACACACACUUACGCCUUCAUUCACGGAUGUCUGAUGGCCAUCUGCUUUUUCUUGUUUUUGUUUUCCAUUUCCUCUUUUCGUGUUACUUACCUCGAAUACUGGAUCCAGUUUGGUCACGCAAGUAGAAUCAGCCUUGUUGCUAUGACUAAAAACAAAAACGCCUUUUCAUGUCAAACCCAAAUUAAGAUACCCUGUCUUUCCUCAAAAGAAACCACCCACCCCUCGUUCGCUAUCCUGCGCAACAACCUGGGUUAGAUAGGUUCCUGACGCCCUGCUCAAUGCUAUGUGUGCCAUGAUUAUGCCGAUGCGACAAGAGGGUGAGAGGUAGGGAGACACAAACGAAGAACAUGAACCCCUCGAUCGAUCUUGUAUGAAAACGCAGCGCGGUCGCCCGAAUGUCGUUUCCCAGACGAGAUAACCUCGCCUGCAAGACUGUUUGGCAUCCACAAGAUUUGGUUCGGAUAGGCCUGUGGCUGGGGGGAGCAAAGUAUCUGUGGCGCGAUGCUAGCAUCUUGUUGAAAGAGAAAAAGGCGCAGAAUUAAGCGGAGAACAGCCCAAAAAGAUCUUUAGUCCAGAACAAAAGGCUUGUCCUUGGAAUUUCCACGGGCGGGUUCAAGCAUGCCACGUGCCAUUCCACGCCGUCUGGCUUCCACCAGCCAGUUGGGGCGAUUCGGUGCCGGCGGUUGCAAUAAACCGUUCAGAUUAAAGCCGUUGGACUGCGACUGAGCGUGUGCCACAGGCACCGCAGCUUCAGGGGCUCGGGACCGAACGUUCACUGCGCCGUACCCUACUUCGGUCCCUCUGGUGAAC